UAACCAAGCAGCAUCAUUGAUGACUGUGUUCUGAACAAAUUUGUAUCGCUGUCCCAUUUUUACUUUAAAAAAUCCUAUAGUGAUGUUAUAAAAACAAAGAAAUUAAAACAAUGUAGCUGGCAUUUCAAAGCUAACGAAGGUGGAAAAUUAAUUGAACAGAGGGCCCCUUUUGACAUCAAGUUGUUAAACAUUGACAGGAAUAACACAAAAACAAGAUGACUUACUGUAUUGGAAAGGAUGGUAAAGCUCUCCGAGUUGUGGGGCCUGACUAUGUCCAUCACUACCCUACGUUUAAGAGAGUUCAACUAGCCGCUGUGAAAGAGAAGUUGUAUAAUCCGAAUUUACCAACAUUGAGGCAUGAGGACAGGGAUAAUGUAAUAGGUAGGCUGAGUGAUGAACACUGCAAGACCACCACCUGCUGCACGCCACGUGACUUCGCAGAAACGGAAAUGAAUGCAUUUAAGCCCCCUGUGGAGCGAAUGCAUUGCCUGGACAUCACCAGGACUGGCCGAGCUGUCUCAAACAUGUAUUUCACACCCCAGGAAGUCCAGAAAGCUUCCUUGGCCUGGGCCAAGUUUGUGGAGAGAUCUAAUGUCCAGGCAGCCAAUGUGCAGAAACAUCUCUACCCACAUGUUCAAGACCAAAAUUAUCAUUUUGAUGGGGCAGCUGUCAGAAUCAUCAAGCCGGAAAUUAGAAACAGGAGGCAGACGUUCCAGUGUGAACCCCAGAUGGACCCCAACGGGUAUCACCAAGGCCAGCCUACCCCUGCCAACACCAAUAGCAGAUAUAGGCACGCGCAUCCCACCUUCUACCGCAAUAUGUCUGGUCAGGUGUGGAUGAACCCUUCCGGCAGGCCCGAGCACUAUGACCCUCUGGUGCAAGGCCAUUGAGUUCAUGGUCGAGGCAUACUUUGGGGAAAGGGGAGACCACGGAUAAACGGUCAAUGUUAAUGUGAAUGAGUGAGGUUCUCAUAAAGGAAAGCAGAUAGGAAUUACAUUUUAGAGCCAACAUGUAACAUCUUUAAAACCUAAAGCACUAAAAAUACAAAGACAGAAGUAGAAAAGUUUUUUGUUGUUCAUUCUGCUUGUUUCAUUGUCCAGGCCUUUGUUUUCACCACACGUGACCUAAUUAUUUGUUACCAUCACUCCAUAGCAAAUACCUUAAUAAAAUUGUGAUGUAAUGGUUAGAUACCAUUGAUGAGGGGGAGGGGGGAGAUUAUAGACCUGAUCAAGCUGACACCUUUUUCCUUUGUUGUUGUUUCUGUUUGAUAUGCGCAUGGAAGUGUUUAUACUUUUUUUUAUACUUUAUUUAUUUAUUGGACUGUAUAGUUGGAUGCAUUACUUUUUACUUUUAUUUGUUUAUUAGAAAUUUACGCCUUAUUCAAUUUGUAUGCCGAAUAAAUGUUCAGAUGAAACACACAUGCUAAAUGUUC